CAAGAAGGGUGUUUGCAUCGCACUAUCGCUCCGAACCACAGUUGCAUCUCAUCGGCUUCCUGCCCAGAAUCUCGGUUCCAGCCCCACGGCCUUCAUGUCGAUUUCGUCAACGCUCAAUAUACCUCGCCACUCAGGAAUACUUCAAUAAGAGUGGACAGUCCUUAUCCGCAGCGCUGGCGCCCUCUGCACGCAAAUCUGUUCAUGAGCUCACCUUGGGCUCUGGAGUCUUCGCUGUCGAACCAGUGCGUGCAGCGACUAAGAAUACACAAGCAGAGCGUGGAUCUCCAUCUCGUCGAUCUUGCUGGCACAUCGAUCCACUUCACGCACCUACCGGCGGCAGGUACUGUCCGGCGGAACGUUCCAUCUAUCGCGCGCAGUCUUGUUGACCGAGACGGAUUGGCUUAGUCCCCAUGAUGGCGCAAACAUCGCAGCGUCCAUCGCCGUUGGCUUGUCGGGCCUGCCGCGAGAAGCAUCUAAAGUGCGACGCGAUGACACCCGUCUGCUCUCGGUGUCGCGAUCGAGGCCUUCAUUGUAACUAUAUAGCAUCGCGGCGUGGUUGUGGAGGUCGCGUCAAGAGACAAGUCGCGACGAGCCAGGCGCCAGGAGCAAACCAACCACAACGACCACUCCCAGUAGCCGCUUCUUACACGACCCAUACUCCAGAGACCAAUCAUGGACCAAGAAUAUCCAACAUCUCGACAGACCUCUCACCGCCGCAUUCCUGGACUGAUCAAAGCCGCGACGGCAGUAGCUAUACAGGGCAACAGGUCUCCACUCCCGCAUCGUCCACCUCGGGCACGCCGUCAUCGCUCCGUUCCGAGGACGAACAUCUGGUCAACUUAUACUAUGCCAACUUUCAUCCUAGCCAUCCCAUGCUGGUACCACGAAGCCGCUUCCUCAACCAAGGCUACCCGGAAUACCUCAAAUUGGUCGUCAGAUUCAUAGGCAGCCAAUACGCGCCAAUCAUCUCAAGCGACACGAUCCGGUCCACGGCAGCAGAGGCUCUUGCUUCCAACAGCAAUGAGAAGUCUCCUGAGAUGGUUCAAGCGUCGCUGCUUUAUUCCAUGUCUCUACACGCACGAUAUGAGCCUUUGGGCGCGAUGGCUGCGAUAUCCAAGGCGGCAGAUGUGGCACUGGAGCUUGGUAUGUAUCAGGCAGAGUUUGCUUUUCAGCAAGGUCGCGGAGAUACAGUGUAUGAGGAAAGCCUGCGACGUACAUGGUGGGAGCUAUUCGUCACAGAUGGAUACUUUGCUUCUCUUCAUCGGCAGACGACCUUCAAGAGCAAUUCGGUCAACAUCACCACCCUACUCCCAUGUGAGGAUGAGGCCUAUGACCAAUGCAGGAUCCCUCAGCCACUUUCCCUGGAAAAGUACGAUGAUCGGCUAUUUGGCGACGAGGACUGGCACUUUUCCUCGGCUUCCUAUCGCAUCGACGCAAUUCGCAUACUUGCACGAGUGAUAGCCGUAUCGAGUGCGAACGAAGUGCACGCCGACAGCAUCCAAUCGAUCGACAAUGCCAUGGCCAGCUGGAAAUUCCACAUACCAAACGACAAAGCUGGGAUCGUGCUGCGCAGCGGCGAGGUCGACCAGAUGAUGUUCCAAGCGUUUUUGUUCGUUUACAUUUCUAAUAUCUUCUUACACUUUCCUAGGAGCGAGUUACCGAUUACCAUGCCAGCAUCAGCAGAAAUUGCUUGCGCGCGUCGUCACAUGGAGCAAGUUUCGCCUACAUCCUCACAGCAUGCGGCCAAGGCGCUUUCGGCUUCCAAGGAAUUGACAAAUUUGGCAUCGCUGCCCGUGGAAAGAUAUUCGCCUUUUUUCAUUUGCGGACUGGUUUUCGCAUGCGUGGUCCAACUUUCCGCGUGCUCGGCAUAUCCGAAGGCAACGACAGAACCGAAUCGUGAUCGGGUCGCUUUGAUUGUUGGCGUGCUGAAGUCGCUCAGUCGAAACUGGUCGAUUGCGACAUAUGUCGGACAACAGCUCAAGAAGGCAGCGCAUGAGAUCUUCCACCCUCGUGCAGAGACCGCAUCUGUACAGUCAGCAUCAUCAUACGACAGCGCUAUUGGCGAUAUGACAGGCUUCGCACCUGACAUGUCCUGGUUCGACAUGUUCUACAGCGACGGCAUGCAGGGACUUGCAAUGGGCCCCGGAGAGCUUGCUGGUCUUUGAGGCGCAUGGGACAUGUCGGCGGUCCAUGUCGACUAUUGAUACAUUAUACACAAACGCCACUCCGCGGGAUGACACAGGACUAUUUUACAGCUCAAUGCUAAAGAGGAAAAUGACUAAUAAGGGAAGGAGCUCUACAUGGACUUCGAGAAAAUGCCGCCUCCAACUCCGAUCCUGGGUAUCAUGAGAAUCAUGCAAAUGAUGCAAAGAAAUAUCGACCCGAUUGCCAUCCGGGGCAACCGAAUACUCAGGCUCCGUCAAGUUCCUCCAGAUCCUCAAGACCACCUUCUGCAGCAUACCGGAUCACCAGC